CCUCCACACUCCCAUCCAACAUCAUGGACAAUGACAUUAAGCCUGCUGCACUUCACAUCGAGGGCUCUGACUCUGUAUCUCCCGACUUUGACCCCGCCCCCCGUCCGCGCAUCCCCCUGACCGAAGAGGAUGGCCAGAAAAUCAAACGCAAGACCGACUGGGCGAUCCUGACCAUCCUGAUCUGGGUGUAUUUCCUGCAGAUUCUGGACAAGACCGUCCUGGGGUUUGGGGCCACCUACGGCAUGACCGAGGACACCCACCUGACCGGCAACCAGUACUCGCUGAUCGGGUCAAUCGCUCCCAUCGCCCAGCUGGCCUGGCAGCCAUGUUCAUCCUGGCUCAUCGUCAAGGUCCGGCCCCGGAUCCUCAUGCCCAGUCUAUGUCUCGGCUGGGGCAUCGCACAGACCUGCAUGGCCGCCUGCCACAACUUCAGCCAACUCCUCGCCGCGCGGUUCUUCCUCGGACUGUUUGAGGCCGGAUGUCUACCGCUAUUCUCGAUUCUUGUGGCAAGGUGGUAUCGUCGUGCUGAGCAGCCGAUCCGUGUGGCGGCCUUCUACUCCACCAACGGCUGGGCGACCACCAUCGCCGCUGCGCUGUCCUACGGAUUGAGUCAGAUCAAGUCCGAUGCCUUGAAGGGAUGGCAGAUCAUCUUCCUCUUCGUCGGCCUCCUCACCAUCGUCACCAGCCCGAUCAUCUACUGGCGCCUCGACAAUGACAUCGAGACGGCCCGCUUCCUCACCGAGAGCGAAAAGGAACAAGCCGUCGAGCGGCUGCGCGCCAACCAGACAGGCACGGGGACCCGGGAAUACAAGAUGAGCCACCUGGUGGAAGCGGUACUGGAGCCCAAGACCUACCUGUGGAUCGGGCUGGCGCUGCUCCUGAACAUCGGGGCCUCGGUGACCAACGUCUUCGGCCCGCUGAUUCUGAAGGGGCUAGGGUUCGGCACCGACCACGUGACGCUGCUGAACAUGCCCUUCGGCGCGGUGCAGGUGAUCAUCAUCCUGCUGGCGAGCUACCUGGCCCAGAAGGCGAGCAUGAAGGGGGUCAUCCUGGCGGCGCUGGUGCUGCCCGUGGUCGCCGGGCUGGCGAUGCUGUAUGCGCUGCCCCGGGAUAGCAGUGCCAACGGGGCCCUCAUGGCGGGCUUCUAUCUGCUGGCGUUCUUGUUCGGGGGCAACCCCUUGAUCGUGGCGUGGAUUGUCUCCAACACCGGUGGCACGACGAAGCAGAGUGUCUGCAUGAGUUUGUUUAAUGCCGCGACCUCGUCGGGCAACAUCAUCGGGCCCUUGCUGUUUGAUGCCAAGGAUGCUCCGACGUAUCGCCCGGGGUUGAAGGCGUGCCUGGGGAUCUUUGUGGCGUUGGUGGGAGUGACGCUGUUGCAGUGGGCGAAUCUGGUGGUGUUGAACCGCAUGCAGGAGCGACGGCGCGUGAAGAAUGGCAAGCCGGCCAAGCUGCAGGAUCUGUCCAUGCGGAGCGGCGUCCUGAAUGAGGGCGAUGGCGCACCGACGACGACGGAGGAGACCGGCCAGCAGGGGCUGAUGGACUUGACGGACCGCGAGAAUGACGAAUUCAUUUAUGUAUACUAGCAUGUUCCUUAUGAUACACACAGUGUGACUUUCUAGCAACCAAGAUGCCUUCCAGC